UAUAUAAAAAACGAAAAAUCUUGCAGUUGCCGUUCUCAUUUUGUUCUUUUCAAUCUCUCCGUAACUCAAAUCUCUCUCUCUCUCUCUCUAAAACUUUCUCUCUCUUCACUACGCGUUUCACCUCACCGGAAUCUCGCCGUCGCCGUUACCUUCGCCGAAAGAAGAUUGUUGAAGAAGCAACGUUGACAAGUCAUGACAUCAAGAUCGUAUGCUAAUCUUUUAGACUUAGCUGGUGGAGACUUGCUUGAUAUUCCUCACACCCCAAGAAGUCUUCCAAGGGUUAUGACUGUUCCUGGGAUUAUUUCUGACCUUGACGGUGAAUCAGAUGUUAGCUCUUCUGGAUGUCGGGAGCGGAAAAUCAUUGUGGCAAACAUGUUGCCGCUGCAGGCUAAAAGAGAUAUUGAUACUGCUAAAUGGUGUUUCAGUUGGGAUGAGGAUUCAAUUCUAUUACAAUUAAAAGAUGGGUUUUCUUCUGAUACUGAGGUAAUCUAUGUGGGUUCCCUCAAGGUUGAGAUAGAUGCUAGUGAGCAGGAUGAAAUUGCUCAGAGAUUAUUGGAUGACUUUAAUUGCGUGGCCACCUUUCUACCCCAUGACCUGCAGAAAAAGUUCUAUCUUGGUUUUUGUAAGCAGCAGCUCUGGCCUCUCUUCCAUUAUAUGCUACCCAUAUGCUCAGAUCAUGGUGAUCGCUUUGACCGAGUGCUUUGGCAGGCUUAUGUUUCUGCAAACAAAAUAUUUGCAGACAAAGUCAUGGAAGUGAUUGAUCCCGAUGAUGAUUUUGUUUGGGUUCAUGACUACCACUUGAUGAUUUUGCCUACUUUCUUAAGGAAACGAUUUCAUCGAGUUAAACUUGGGUUUUUUCUUCACAGUCCUUUCCCGUCAUCUGAAAUUUACCGGACUUUGCCAGUAAGGGAUGAAAUUCUCAAAGGAUUGUUGAAUUCGGAUUUAAUUGGUUUUCAUACAUUCGAUUACGCACGUCACUUUCUUUCUUGCUGCAGUAGAAUGCUAGGUCUGGACUAUGAAUCUAAGCGCGGACAUAUAGGACUUGAUUACUUUGGCCGCACUAUAUUUAUCAAAAUUUUGCCGGUAGGAAUUCACAUGGGUAGGCUUGAUUCUGUAUUAAAUCUUCCUUCUACAUCCUCUAAGCUAAAAGAGAUUCAGGAAGAGUUUAAGGAUAAGAAAGUUAUUCUUGGUGUGGACGACAUGGAUAUUUUUAAGGGUAUCAAUCUGAAAUUUCUAGCUGUGGAACAGCUGCUACAGCAGAACCCAAAUUUGCAGGGUGAAGUUGUCCUAGUUCAAAUUAUAAAUCCUGCGAGGGGUUCAGGGAAGGAUGUUCAGGAAGCAAAGAAAGAAGCAUAUUUAAUUGCCAAGAGGAUCAAUGACAUUUAUGGUUCAAAACAUUAUCAGCCAGUCAUUAUCAUUGACCGCUCUGUUCCUCGUUUCGAGAAGAGUGCUUAUUAUGCUCUAGCAGACUGUUGCAUUGUCAAUGCUGUAAGGGAUGGAAUGAACCUAGUCCCAUACAAAUAUAUUGUCUGCAGACAGGGAACUGCAAAGCUGGAUGAAGCUGUGGGCAGGCAAAGUGAUUCUCCUCGCACAAGCAUGCUUGUUGUGUCUGAGUUCAUUGGUUGCUCACCUUCUCUGAGUGGGGCCAUCAGGGUCAAUCCCUGGGAUAUAGAUGCAGUUGCCGAUGCUAUGAAUUUAGCCCUCAAUAUGGGGGUUUCCGAGAAGAAGUUGCGCCAUGAGAAACACUAUCGAUAUGUUAGUACUCAUGAUGUGGCAUAUUGGGCACGCAGUUUUAUGCAGGAUUUGGAGAGAGCCUGCAAAGAUCAUUACACUAAAAGGUGCUGGGGAAUUGGUCUGGGCUUGGGGUUCAGAGUUAUUUCACUUUCUCAUGGUUUUAGGAAGCUGUCCAUUGACCAUAUUGUAUCAGCAUACAAAAGAACGAGUAGAAGGGCCAUCUUUCUUGAUUAUGAUGGCACUCUUGUACCACAAUCUUAUAUUAAUAAAACCCCCAGCCCUGAAGUCGUAUCUGUGCUUAAUUCUCUGUGUAAUGAUACCAAAAAUAUUGUGUUCAUUGUUAGUGGAAGGGCAAGAGAUUCUCUGAAUGAAUGGUUUACAUCAUGCAAACUGCUGGGACUUGCAGCUGAACAUGGUUACUUUUUAAGGUGGAAUAGCGACUCUGAAUGGGAAACAAGUCAUUUGUUUGCGGAUCUUGAUUGGAAACAGGUGGUGCUGCCGGUCAUGCAGUCGUAUACAGAAGCAACUGAUGGAUCUAAUAUUGAAGUCAAGGAAAGUGCUUUGGUGUGGCAUCAUCAAGAUGCAGACCCUGAUUUUGGCUCCUGCCAAGCCAAAGAAUUGCUGGACCACUUGGAAAGUGUUCUUGCUAAUGAACCAGCAAUUGUUAAAAGAGGCCAACAUAUUGUUGAAGUUAAGCCACAGGGAGUAACCAAAGGUUUGGUAGCUGAGAAGGUUCUCUUGAAUAUGGUUAAUGCCGGUAAUCCACCAGAUUUCGUGAUGUGCAUUGGAGAUGAUAGGUCUGAUGAAGACAUGUUUGAAAGCAUUUUGAGUACAGUCUCGUGCCCAUCGUUACCAUCAGCUCCCGAGAUUUUUGCUUGCACUGUAGGUAGGAAGCCCAGCAAGGCAAAAUAUUUUCUUGAUGACACCACCGAUGUUGUAAAGUUGCUUGACGGCCUUGCUACCUCGACAAAUCAAAAGCCCAAACAUCUUGCCCAAUUCCAGGUUUCUUUUGAGAGCACAGUUUCUUAGGCAGGCCAAUACAGCAUUGUUGGUUUGUUAUGCGAGGGUUCUGAUCCUGUGAAUCAGAAAUUUUUGGGCAUUAAUCUUUAACCUGACGAAUAGUGCGACUUUGCUGGUGUGGAUCAGAUUCUUUCUGGGCUCCUGAAUCGGUUUGCAUGGCAUCAGUAUGGUUGACGUGUGGUUCGUGGAUGAACUGACAGUUUUUUCUUGUACAUGGUAACAUCAAUUGUUAUAUUUACUGGUGAUUCAUUGAGCAUUGGUUUUGCUUUAAAUUUAUCGACCUGAUUGAUUGUUGCUUGUACUGAAAGAGCAGCACCGAAAUUUCAAACAUGUAUAGUUACAGUAUUUGGUUACAUACAUAAUUCAAUUAUGGUUUGAAAUCUCUUUAA